CAGAUGAAAAAGUUGAUAACAGAACAGAUAUACAAAUUGGUGACAGAGCAGAUGACAAAAUUGAUUACAAAGCAGAUGUCAAAAUUGGUGACAGAGCAGAUGACAAAAUUGAUUACAAAGCAGAUGUCAAAACUGGUAACAGAGCAGAUUACAAAAUUGAUUACAAAACAGAUGCCGAAAUUGGUGACAGAGCAGAUUACAAAAUUGAUUAUAUAGCAGAUGUCAAAAUUGGUGACAGAGCAGAUUACAAAAUUGGUUACAAAACAGAUGCCGAAAUUGGUGACAGAGUAGAUGAAACAGUUGAUUACAAAUCAGAUGCCAAAAUUUGUGACAGAACAGAUGACAAAGUUGUUUACAAAGCAGAUGUCAAAAUUGGUGACAGGGCAGAUGACAAAAUUUAUUAUAAAGCAGAUGUCAUAAUUGGUGACUGAGCAAAUGACAAAAUUGAUGAUUGAGCAGACAGCAGAUUGUCGACUGGGCAGAUAGCUAAGUCGAUGACUGUUCAAACGUCAGAAGACUAAAGUGACUGAAUUAAAAUGGAGCUGAUAGACCAUCUUAAAACUGACAAGUGGGAGAAAGCUGACAUUAACGAGCAAAAAGGAUUUAGCGAGUAUAGAGUGUGCCACCGGAAGUUGGUUGCUGAUGGCCACUUCCUGUACAUGGUGCAACCAUUGAAUGAAUGGGGUGAACAAGAGGGUGAACCAUGCCAGGCACAUUUACACGAAGCUGCAGGGAAAAAAGAUCCAAUUCAUGGUAUCAACAACAUAUUCUUUAAAUUAGAUGGAGCUGCUGGGGACAUGAAACGAGGAGUAAUUGGGGUUGAUGUUGAAGGCGAUUGUGUUAUAAAGAAAUAGUUCCGACAACGAACGAAGAAAUUAAUAUGAUGUACAGUGUAAAAACGAACAAUAAAUUAUCUCAAACUAUGAUUAAUGACACAAAAAUUGACGACAGUGAUAUAACACAAUGUAAAUAGGUACAUGUUUGAUAUCUACAAGAUGUAUAAACAACCCAAAAGUUUUUUUAUUAUCCACAAUAGGUGUAAUAACUGAUUUUGAAAAGAACAAAUUUAGAAUAUGCGUAACAU